GUGAGCAUGCAGAAUUUGAAAGUAACAAUCUUCAAGGGUCUUACGAAAGUAUUGAAUAUGAUUCAGCCUAUGCACUCCCUUUAAAAAGUGAAAGAAAACAAUCGGCACCUAGAAUGAUUCAAUCGAAAAAUUCAACGGAUGGUUUCCAGGGGAUAAUCAUCGGUGACAAAAUGUUUGGUGAGAAUCAGGGCGCGCGAGAUACAUCUCAGUGUUGUGAUGAAUCUAGCAUUCGGGAAAGUGCUACCCGCAAUGAAGUGAUUCCAUUGAAAUCAGCCUUAGGGAGAGAGGCGUUGAAACAUUCGGUAAAUCGUGUUCAAGAAGAUAAAAAUAAUGAGAGUUUGACUUUGAAGAAUGGACAUGCUGCCUCAUCGACACAAAUCGCCAAGCUGGUAGUCCUUCUAUCGGAUCCAAAGGAAUCGUUCAGUAAAGAUGUGGAAGACUUUUUCGACAGCUCCGUGGAAAUAGCUGAUCCGUUCUCGACAGAACUAUUUGAUUCCCAUGAUGUAUUACGGGACGUGAGCGUCGAAGUUGUUGACGAAAUAUCUCCUACGGAAGACCACGAGUUCACAAUAAUAACAGCGAGGAAUAUCACAGACGGCAGCCCAACUGAUUUUCAGAGGACUCUCAUGCGGAAACUUCCUCCAGAGAGAGGCAGUUUAGGUUUCGUUUCUGAAAGGAAAAAUGGAGAUUUUAGUGCCACGUCUCACAUCGAAACCCAGGUUCAUCUGCAGCCUACAGCAUCCUCAUCAAUGGGAAUAUUCCGAGCAGGAACUGAAAAUAAUAAUUUUGGUGCUACCUCUGCAUCACAGGACCGCAAUAAUUUAGAAGACCCUGUUGAAAUAGGGCUGACCUCGGCGUCAGUUGAAUUAUCGUCAAGAGCCCCACGAAAGCCUGACCGGGUAAGAGUUAGUCGACGCAAACUAGAGUCAGGCCAUGGAAAUGUUAACGCAAGCUCCUCGAUUCACUACAAUAAUUCGACAAACGCUGAUCAUUUAUCUUCCCAAAAUCCCUCGCAAUUUAAACAUUUUGAAUUAGACGGAAUGCCCCAGCCGGGAUCUCAAGCCGCCAAUGAAAUUCAGUUUUCCAAAAUUAGUAGUAAUAGUUUCGAAAGUCAGAGGCAAGAUGAAUUCUCAGCCUCCGAAAGCCAUUUAAAGCUUCAGAAGGAAAUGAGUCCAACAAGUGGGUCUGAAAGAACUCCUUUCAACUUGAAUAAUUCCGAAGUUUUCGUGUCUCAGUACCUCCAACCGCCACUUUCAGACCUGAGCACGUCAGAAAUUAGACCUCCGACGGAUAGCACUCCCUUGCCGCAGCAGAGUUCACCCAUACUCUUGGUCGGCGAGGACUUCGAUGACGAGUUUCCCUACAGGAAUGACUUGGAAUUCAGGGGAGAAAAUGGGACCCCACAGAAAAUAGGGUCGUUGCAUCCGACUAAUGACGCCAUCGGGACCAAGAAAUGCGGGACUCAUGAGAGCGCGGCGCUGGAAAUAACUCACCAGCAUCAAGGUAGCCUGGGGGGUGCGAAAAGUUUCGUUUUUGGCUCACCAGUUUGGGACGCUUGCAGAGAAAAUCACGGUGAACACACCAGCGUAGAUGCAAACAAAGUUGAAACGCACACGAAAGAAUUAAAAACAAGCUCCUACGUUGUACCACCUACCAAGCCCAAAGUUGACGCACAUACAACUGAGUUGCAAACAAGUUCUUACGUUGUACCACCUAGCAAGCCCAAAGUUGACACACAUACAAAUGAGUUGCAAACAAGCUCCUACGUUGUUCCACCUACUCAACCCAAAGUUUCUGCAUUUAUAGCUGACAUGAAUAAUGGCAUGUACUAUUCUUUAACUGCUUUGGUUCCUAAAGAGCAUCUGAAGAUAGGCUUGAUCGAUCAACACAAAGGGUAUGAAACCUACAAGCCUAUUGAUCUGAUACCCUCACGCGACGGCCCGCAGCAGCGGCGUCACAAAGGACUAGCAAGCUUGUCUAGUCUUCCCAGCAGUUUUCAGAAGUCCACUCAAGCGAUUACACGACAUCAAGCUAAACUAAAACCUCCAAUGAGCUUCCUCGAUCAUGCAUCGUGGAAAUCUCGCGAUGAUGGAAAGCUAAAUAACGUCUACGUACACCCAACUUUCCUCCCCAAAGUGACAACUAGAGGGCUUGAUUAUAGAACAAAAGGAGGUACUAGUUGGCCUCGCAAAAAUUCUAUGCUAUACCAACCGAUAAAAUCAAGUUUCUCAUCAACUGAAAACUUGCGUGUAGAUCGGCCAGAAAGUCGCUUCAUUUUCGCUUGGCACCCUGCGCCUGAACCAAAAUUUUCCCACUCCAACAUUCGAGAAAGAGUGGACGAUUUUUUACCUCUGGCGUCGAUGCAUGAGUUUCUACGUAAUGAUGAUGUUUCUCGGUCGUUCAAAGUCAUAAAUAAAACUGAAAAUUUUCAGGAAUUCAACAUGCAGAACAUUUUGGUUCCACCCACUGGCCGCCAGCUCAUGAGUUCACAGCAUUCCGAUGAAAUAAAAAACAAUUCUUUUCCUGACUCAUCAAUCCACGACAGGGAAAAACUAAAGCACGCUAAUCCAUUGGGCCACGAGAAAAAUAUGGAUCACCAUAAAAACUCUUCAAAUGUUUUGCUUCUGCCACGAAAUACCCUUACUUCGGAAUUCGCCGAUUCAUACAGGAAAUUUGAAAAUCGUUCGGGAACUACCUAUGAUUUUUCAUUUCACUUCCACAGAGACCUCGCAAAGAAAUCCGAAUUCCGGAGGCGCCAUUCGUCUGCAGAUUAAAGUUAUUAAGUCGCUGCUUCUCUGUCUUAGAUGUGAAUAGAAAUAGGAAACUUUCAAAUGGCUACCUAAAACAAUUCCUCACUAAUUUUGAAGCAUUAGUAUAAGUUACGAAUUAUUUGCCAACUCAGAGUAGUUCCUGACAAGCUUAAUUGAAGAACUGAAUUUGCUAUACAAGUAUGAAUCUGUAGGCCCUGAUCAGGUUACAGGUCGGAGCUAGUGUCUUCACUAGUGGCCACAGACAAGUUUCAGGCAGCAGGUUCUCGGUCUGUUGCUAGUUAUUGGUCAUGUUGUAGGUUAUUAGUUAGUUAAAGAGUGCAGGUUUACAAAGAUUUUACGGUACAAUAAAGAAUUUACCGUAAUUCGUGGUAACUUUAGUCACGGCAACAGGUUACCGAAAAGUUCUAAAAAAUAUAACGCAGUACUCACUGCAGUGAGUGAC